AUGGGCUCACUCUACUUACACGACUGCGCCCGUGCUCCGGCAUUACCCGCACUAAUGCUUGUGAGCGUAAUAAUCAUAACGUACCAAGCUCGUUUUCCCUACUUUGAUGACUCGGACUCCGACUUUUACUGUAAUCCAUACCUAUAUUUGUCCGCUUAUUGGAUAAUAAAUAUAUUAAUGGGUACUAUCAUUAAAAUGAGUAACGAAUUAAACACAUCGGUUGCCAUCGAUGGCAAAGAAGAGUCGCAACCAUUUCAAACAGAUGGCAAAGUGACCAUACGCAAAUUGUUCACUAACAACACUAACCAGGGUGGUAGUACUAAUUGCAAUUGUUCCAUGUUCAAUCUAUCUACACGACUGUCCCUGAGCGCCCGCAUUACCCAUAUUAACGAUAGUAUGCGCAUUAAAAUGAGUGACGGAUUAAACACAUCGGUUGCCAUCGAUGUUAAUGAAGUGUCGCAACCAUUACAAACAGGGAACAAAGUGACCAUCACCAAUUUGCAGCCAACUAACCACCAUGGCUCAAUCUACAGCCGCGGUGACUGCCCCGCAGCGCCGGCAAUACCCAUAUUACUGAUAAUGGAUGGUAUCCUUGUGGCAAUAAUAGUGUACCAUGCACGUUUUCCUAAUUUUGAAGACCUGGGGUCCGACGACUACUGUAACCCAAGCCUAUAUUUGACCGCCUAUUGGAUACUUAAUAUACUUGUAUUAAAAAUGACUACUAAAGUGGUGGAAGUGAAACAUAUCGCUGAUAUAGUGGGCGAAUGGGGUAAAUGGCAGUUCAUGUUAUUCUCCCACUGUUUCCUAUUCUUUGGUUCCGCGGCUUUUGUUAAUAUGGGUUAUGUUUUUCACGCAAAACGUGUGGACUUCUGGUGCGCCGACACACCAACCAAUCUCACUUCACAACAUUUGAGCGAUGCUACGAAAUGUCAUAAAUAUAAUAACCCAAACGAAAGCUGCACUCAUUGGGAGUACAAUAGGACUCAGUUUCGUAAAACAAUUAUUACUGAAUUUGAUUUAGUGUGCGAUCGGGCUAAUUUUGCAUCCCUGACACAAUCAUGUUUCAUGUUGGGUUAUGUGGUGUCGGGUCUUAUAUUAUCCCAUUAUAAAGAUAAAUAUGGUCGACGACCCGUCGUAUUAUUGUGCUAUGUUAUUGAAAUAUUGGCAAUUAUUUCUUGCGCAUUUUCAUAUAAUAUUUACCAAUAUCUAUUUUCACGAUUUCUCACCGGAAUGGGCCAUUCUGCCAUUAGUGUGCUCGAGUGUUGUGGCCCUAAAUAUCGGUCAGAUAUAGCAAUAUUGUCAAUCGUUGGUUGGGUAUUGGGCUAUGUAUUAGUGCCUCCGUACGCAUAUUGGUUGCAGGACUUUCGAUACAUGCAAUUUAUAUCAGCCCUACCAUUGCUAGCGAUGUUAAUUUGGUUUUAUUACCUUCACGAAUCACCACGAUGGCAAUUAAUUAAUGGCCAGACAGAUAGGGCUGAGGUUAUCAUUAGAAAGGCAUUGCAAAUGAAUGGCAAAUCUGUGGACAAUUUAAGUGAACAAAUGAGACAAUUGGCUAAUAGUAUGCAAACAACACCAGAAGCGAGCAAAAAGGAGAAAGGUCAUAACGUGCUCGAUUUGUUCAAAACACCAAACAUUAGAAAAUACACACUCAUUAUAUGGUACGGACAGGCAAUUAACGCGUUGAUCUACUACGGGCUGAGUUUAAACAUGGGCGACUUUGGGGGCAAUUUCUACGUAACUUUCCUAUUGAUGGGUUUGAUGGAACUGCCGGCGCAACUGUUCCUCCCAUUAUUCCUGCGAUAUAUUGGGCGCCGCAAAGUGUACGCCAUGUUUAUGAUAAUCACUGCCUUGUCGUGUGUGGCAGUGGUUCCCUCCCAAAGCCAGAGCUCAUGGCUGCGGGUGUUGUUGGCAUUGGUGGCCAAAUACGGGAUCAGCAGCUCAUGGAUGGCGCUAUCAAUUCAUGGCUCGGAAAUCUAUCCGACAGUUGUCCGCAACACAGGACAGGGCGUCGCCUCAGUUGUCGGUCGCGUCGGCUCUAUUAGCGGUCCAUUUAUGGGAAAUUUGGCAUCUGUGACAAGUCUAACAUUUGUGAUGGUAUUAUAUGGUAUAUUGACAACUGUGGGCGCAAUAUUACACAUGUAUUUACCCGAAACUAAAGAUAGGGAAAUACCCGACACAUUAGAAGAGACCGAAAAUCUAGAUCAAAAUACAAUGCUUUGA